GAACGCAGCACUCUUGCAUGACCACUCAAAGUGACAGUAGCGAUGGCUGGGAACGGGAGACAGCUGCGCUUGGUGAGACCCCGUCACCACACUCGGUUUGCCAUGAAAAACUAGGUUUUCUACGAGAGUUUGACCUCGGGUCUGUGUGUGAAGAACUUUUGUGAAUGAAUAAGUUGGCCUGCCACUUUCAAAAGAGUUUGGUAAGCUGGCAGUGCUGCCAGGAUUUGGGAACGGGGGGAGCGGGGAGGGCUCCUGCUACCUUUGGGAGGUCUGUAUGCUUUCAACGCACUCAAACUGUGGCACCAGUGGCCGCUGGAUAUUGCUUUCUUUAGAUAAAUUUGCCUACUUCAGUCAAGGUAUGCUUUAAGUUAGGUCUACAAAUCUUUUAUCCUUUUACAUCCCACAUUAAUUAAUAUGACUUUUUGCUAAAUGGAAGGCCAUCAACUUUAGACUUCAGUUUUGGAUGGUUUCUACUGACAACAUCAUUUAGACACAUUUCAAGAAAAGAGCUGUUGUUUGAGAUGACAGGUAUGAGCGCAUAAUCACUGCAAAGAAUAGAAAAUCUGCCUCUCUCUGACAGUUUUACCUGGAUGUACAAUGAGAACAGUGGACAAUUACUAUCAUCAGCUAAUUAUAUAAACAGAUGCAGUUUGUAAUUAAAUGCUUAGCUGAUAGAUCAAAGACGCUAAGUAUUAGAGAUAUUUGAUAAUUAUAAACAAACAAGUUUAAUAAUUGUAAUGAAAAGUAUACCUGGUUUGGGGACUAAAAGAUUUUUAGGAUAAUUUGAUAGAAAUGAGCCACGAUAGACCAUAAUUAAUUGGAAUUAAAAAAUGAAAUAAAAGGGCUAAAAUUGUUAAUAUCUAUGAAACUAGUAUAAGGAUUUUAAAUAAAUAAUUAUUUUAGUUACAUAAAAAAGUUAUGAUAUAUAAAGAUAUACAAAUGUAAAAUAAACCAAGUUAAAUGUAAAAUAAAUUAAUAAACAACUGUUUUCUAUUAUUAUUAUUAUUAUGUAACUUGCACUUUCUCUUUCAGGGUCAUAGACUUGAUUUAGAACCUUAGUCGAUGGAUUUGCCGCCCUCAAUACAAAAUCAUUUUAUGAUCAAUGACAAGGGUGAUUUGCUUGGUUUUCCUAAACGUCGUUUGGUAAAGUUGUGCAGGGGAGUUCUUCAUCAGGACUGACCGUUCGGAUCUUAUGCAGAACCGUGAAAUGCUGUGUGAGUUCAUGAGGGCUGAGUGUUUUUUUUUUUUUUUUUUUUUACAUUAAUUUACCUUUAGCUGUGCCUGUCUGAAUGGGCAGUACAGGCCAGAGAAGAUCCAAACUUCUCGUGUACAGUGUAACGUUAUUUUGUUAACUGAUGAAUUCUCUCUGUUCCCUUUUAACCCUUUCUCUCUCCUGACUCCACACUCUCUCUCUCACUCUUGCCCUCAGACUGUACUUUCUCUCUAGGCUAGAAAUCGUGAAGCAUGGGUGACUGGAGCUUUCUUGGACGGCUCUUGGAGAAUGCACAGGAACACUCGACUGUGAUCGGCAAAGUCUGGCUGACAGUACUCUUCAUUUUUAGGAUUCUGGUGUUGGGAGCUGCGGCCGAGGAGGUCUGGGGUGACGAACAGUCAGACUUCACCUGCAACACGCAGCAACCCGGUUGCGAGAAUGUCUGCUACGACGAGGCCUUCCCCAUCUCCCACAUCCGCUUCUGGGUGCUCCAAAUCAUCUUUGUGUCCACGCCGACACUCAUCUACCUGGGCCAUGUCCUGCACAUCGUUCGAAUGGAAGAGAAGCGGAAAGAGCGCGAGGAGGAGCUGCGAAAGGCCAGUCGGCUCCAGGAUGAGAAAGAACUCCUGUAUAGAAACGGAGGGGGAGGGGAGUCUGGUGGACGGGGUGGGGGCGGCGGCGGCAAAAAGGAGAAGCCGCCAAUCAGAGACGAGCAUGGCAAAAUCCGUAUUAGAGGUGCCUUGUUGCGCACCUAUGUGUUCAACAUCAUUUUCAAGACCCUGUUUGAAGUGGGGUUCAUUUUAGGUCAGUAUUUCCUCUAUGGUUUCCAGUUGCGGCCCCUGUAUAAGUGUGCACGGUGGCCCUGCCCCAACACAGUGGACUGCUUCAUUUCCCGGCCCACGGAAAAGACCAUCUUCAUCAUAUUUAUGCUUGUGGUGGCUUGCGUGUCCCUUUUGCUGAAUUUGUUAGAAAUCUAUCACCUUGGAUGGAAGAAGGUCAAACAGGGCAUGACCAACGAGUUUGCCCCCGACCGUGAGUCAUUGCCCGAUGCAGACGAAGCGGAGGCCGAGUCUUUAAGAACUGCGCCUGCCACCCUCAGCUACCUGCCAGACUACACGGAGGUGGCAGUAGGUGGCAGAGCGUUCCUCCAGCCUGUGUCGGCGCCCUCGACGGCCGAGUUCAAGAUGGACCCUCUGCGCGAGGAGCUGGAGGAUUCCUCGCCAUUCUACAUUAGCAACAACAACCACAGGCUUGCUGCCAAGCAGAACUGGGCCAACCUGGCCACCGAGCAGCAGACUCGGGAGAUGAACGCCGCCUCCCCCUCCCCUUCCUCCUCCUCCUCGUCUCGCUCCAAAGAAGCCUCUCCGCACACUGGUGUCCCCACCUCCCCUGGCGGUGGUUCGAGUGCCGGGCCGGAAGAGGGGCACGUCACCACCACAGUGGAGAUGCACGAGCCGCCCGUCACUUUCACUGAUGCUCGACGACUGAGCAGAGCUAGUAAAGCCAGCAGCGCGAGAGCGAGGCCCAAUGAUUUGGCGGUGUAGUGGCUCUCCACUGCAAAGCAUAGGUUUUUGUGGAAAAAAACACAAAAAAAUAUACCAAAAAACAAGAGGAAGAAAGAGGCAGAUUGCUGGAACCAAAACGUUAAUUCCAUUCAUUAUUUAUUCCAUUUUGCAAUGUAAAAUUACAAAGAGUUUAGUCAUCUCUUAUGGCUUCUGAAUGCUGGUUAGUGUUAUGCAGUAGCUGAAUGGAGCAGCACAUCUGAUGCAGAUUAUGUUACACCAGAAUCUCAAUGACUCAUUAAACAAAUGUCACUUAAAUUACUCUUAUGAAAAGGCCUUAAUUUAAAAAUUUCCAUUCAGCCUGUUCAAUUUAUUAAGUAUAUAAAGUAACCAAAUAUAAAAAGUUUGCAGUACAAUAAUAAAGGUUACAAAUAAGCAAAAAUACACUUAAAGUACAACGUAGAUACACUCUGAGUAUUGAGUAGACAAUGACAUAAUCUCAUUUAUUAUUAUUUUUAAAAGUAUUUGUGACCCCGUCUGUGAAAUUUUCAAAAUUUAAUUAUGAGAUAACAAGCACCAAAGUUUGAUUUCAACAAUUAAUUUCACAAUGAUUUCUAUCUUUGACAUGGCCUUACUCUGUCAAUAUUAAAGAUAUAAAGGUUAUUUCACAGAAUGUACUUUACAUCUUUAUGAAGGAUGAUUUUAUGUAGAAAACAGUAAAUCACAAAAAAUGCCUUGAGCUGGGUUUUCACAGGCAGGGUCACAUUUUUGAAGACCUGAAUAGGAUAUGAGACAAAUGGGGGAAAAUAGAGUAGUUGAAGUAAUCAAAGAAAGAUGUUGUCAACUUCAUGAACACCCAAUUAAAAAAUGUUCUCUUUGUUGUUCCAGCAUCUGUCUCUGCAUUUCCUCACUGUAAAGAGAAAUCAAAAGUUUGAGGAAGAAAAAAGUAAAAAGCACAUUGCCUGAUAAAAGUGGCAAACUUUAAUGCAUCACAGAGAAAAGGUCAUCCAUACACUGAAAAAUGAGCAUAGGUUGAGCAUGAGGCAAGUGAUAUAUUUAGAUAACUGUUGUACUGCUGAAUGGUGCAGAGUUUUAAUUCAUAUAGCUUGUGUAUUCUCUGGACCAAGUUUCUUUUUUCUUUUUUUCAAUCCCAUGAUCUGAAGUUCACAUCCUGCUCCUCUGUUGGAUUUGAGAGUUUUGAUAUAUGACCAUGUCCAAUCUUGCCAUCAGGAAUACAUGAUCACUUUUGAAGUAGUUAAUCAGAUGAUGGGAGUACUAACUCUCAUUAUAUGUGACAUUUGAAAUCCAUAAUGGUUUUUAUUUCAAAAAGUUUGAGCAUUUUCUAAAAAUGUAAGCAAUUGGUUGAGAAUGAGUACAAAAACAGUUAUCAAAAACAUUGCUUUUCUGAAGUCAGUUCGUGCUUGCCAAAAAGUAGUUACUUCAAAAUGGACAUAAAACGAUGCUGCAAGUGUCUUAUGCUGAUAUGGAGUUUAUCCCCCAUUUUUUUCUCUCUUUGGUCCAGUUUCAGGUUAUUGUGAGGCCCUCAUUUUCACUGCUGUUGUAUAAAACAUGCCUUCUGUAAACAUCACAACUCAUAUCAACUUGACAGCACAACAUUUUUUUUUUUUUUAAACCUUUACAAUACUGUUGUUGAGACCCAUUCAAACCCAAUGUACAUCACUUUUAUUAUCAGGUCUAUAUUUCUGCAAUCCAUUUAAAGAGACAGACAGCCCUGAAAUAGAAAUGGUACAUUGCUCCAUCACACAGAGUUUGCGCUUAGGACAGUAUUACCAUUGCUUUUAUCAGAUCACAGUAUUUACAGAUGUAUGUUAUUUAUUUUCUGCCGUUUUAAUGUAUCCAAAAAACGAAAGUGUGUUAUUUUGUCAUUUUUUGGCUCUUAAAGUUUACAUUUUAGGAAAUAGUUGAAGAUUUGCACAUUUAGGCAAAAGACACUGUUGAAUAAUUCUUACAUUGAUAGAAAGGAGGAAAUAUUUUUGAUCCUUAAAGGAAAAUGUCUUAAUGGUAAAAGUCGAUGUGUUGAUGGCAGUAUUAUUCCACUUAAAUAACAUCAAAUGUAAUUUAUAAAACAGCACUUGUAGAGUAUAAGAAAUAUACACGUUUCCCAUGUUUUAUUUUAGGACUGUUGAGGUGGCCUGAAAGGACCGCAGAAAAUUUGAACUUUGUGCAUUAUAGAAUUUUUAUUCAUCUGAAUUUGAAUUGGCCAGCCAGCCAGCUCUUUCCUAUCUCGAUCCAUUUGUAGUGUACUUAGUUGCAGCCCAUUAUUCUCAGAAAACACUCAUUUCUUGAACUUCUUGAACUGAUUUUCUCUAGCAGAGCUGAUUAUUCUGACCAAUCAGGGAAAUGAACCACCUACAUAUGCUCAGAACAGCAGCCUGUUUCAAUGCUGUCUUAAGAGAAGUGCCUUGUGUAUUCAAUUUUAUAAGAACAAGUUGAUGUAAAUGUUCAUUUACCUCAAAUGUUUACAAAGCUGUUACUAAAUAAACUUUUUGUAC